ACACUCACCUCCCAAGCUACUGGAGGCGACCCCGUUAUCGGCCAAGUAACUCUAGGUGGAAGAUUCACCUGCCUAAGCAAAAUCUGUCGUGAUGAUGAAACCCUCACAUUCAAUCGUCACGCCGACUUCAAACGUCACUACACCAACAUGCACGCGAGAAAACUGACGGAAUACUUUUGCCCAGAAAAGGGGUGCCAUCGCUCAAGGCAUCCCGCAUAUGGAAAGAAAGGGCGAAGUUUCAAGGGGCGGAGGGAUAAGAUGAAGGAGCAUGUGAAGACUGUGCAUGAUAACCGUGCCAGGAAACGAAGGAGAGUUGAGGAGAGC